UCCGCUCCGCACCGGUUGUACCGCUCUUCCCCCGUCUCGAAUCACCGGGACCCGACCGGUCCCGUCCGGCGUCCCUGUGCACCCCUCCACCGGCACCAUUGUGAACCGGGAGAUUACGACUCGGCUUCACACCAUGUUAGGAAGUGUGGCCACUCUGCUUUGCUUCUGGAGGGAGUCCCUUUGCUGCUGAAGGUGGACGGACCCCGGGCCGGAAGGCAGGCGCCGGGCAGGGGAGGAGCUCAGCGAGCCCCAAGCACAGCCUGCAGACUGAGAUGGUCUUAAAAUGAAAAGGUGCUGUGAGGGUGUGGGGCUGCCAUGCCUGUUUAAGGGUGUUGGCAUGGCCAGUCCUCGGCCUCCCAGGUACCUGCUGGUGUUUGAUUUCGACGAGACCAUCAUCGACGAGAACAGCGACGAGUCGGUGGUGCGGGCGGCGCCGGGGCAGGCGCUGCCGGAGCAGCUCCGGCAGACCUUCCGCGAGGGCUUCUACAACGAAUACAUGCAGCGGGUGCUGGCCUACAUGGGCGAGCAGGGCGUCAGGAUGGGGGACUUCAAGGCUGUCUAUGAGAACAUCCCCCUCUCCCCUGGCAUGCCAGAGCUCUUCCAGUUCCUCUCCAAGCACCACGAGCUCUUCGAGAUCAUCCUCAUCUCCGACGCCAACAUGUUCGGCAUCGAGUGCAAGCUGCGGGCCGCCGGUUUCUACUCCCUCUUCCGCAAGGUCUUCAGCAACCCCUCCAGCUUUGACAAGAGAGGGUACUUCACCCUGGGGCCCUACCACAGCCACAAGUGCCUUGACUGCCCGGCCAACAUGUGCAAGCGCAAGAUCCUGACGGAGUACCUGGCAGAGAGAGCCCAGGAGGAGGUGGAGUUUGAGAGGGUCUUCUACGUGGGCGACGGCGCCAACGACUUCUGCCCCUCCGUGACUCUGACUGCAGCCUAUGUGGCUUUCCCCCGCAAGGGCUACCCCAUGCACCACAUGGCCCAAGAGAUGGAGAAGAAGCAACCUGGAGCUUUUCAGGCCACCCUUGUCCCCUGGGAGUCAGCUGCAGAAGUUGCCCACUAUCUCCAGGAGCUCCUCAAGAAGAAGUGUUGAGGCUGGCCUGGAAGAGACUUUGCUCGCUAGGAGCAGCUGGGAAAGGAGAAGCUUGGGGCAAGGCGGGGGGGGGUCACAUCCUGUACCCUGAGAUCGUUGGCACUGCUUGCUCAGCCCCCACCCUGACUCCUGGGUCACUUUCCUGCCUUUCCUCUCCAAGCUCCUCUCUUCCCAACGAUGAAAGCACUUUCUCUAGGUCCCACCCAUCUCCUUCCCCUGCCACGUUGAGACGAAGCCUUCUCUAUGCAGCUUGGAGAUCUGCUCCGGCGUGGGUGUUUGCCAACACUAAGUGGUGAUGAGCUUUUGUUGUAAGGGGGUUUUUCUUCUCUCCUUUUUGACUUGACAAGAGCAAUUCCUAAAAGACCAGAAGCAGCCAGCUCCCCCUGAGCUGGGCCCUGCGUAUGCUUCCUCCUGCCUUCAUCAUCCCCUCCGCUGGCCACGCCAGGAGCCACCGUGUUGUUGCCUUGAACCUGAUGCUUGAGGGCUCCUUGCCUCUUCUGGGAGGCUACUGGAAGUUGAAUCUGGGACAUUCCUGCUGCCCAGCCUCUCCAGUUUGCCCACCACACCCAGCCUGGGCAGGGCAGCCCCUGGCUCAGCUGCUGAGCCUCGUGAUGGACUCAAAAUUUGUCUCCUGAGACUUUAUUCUCUGGGAAAAAAAAAAAAAAUAAUAAUCAUGACAUGAGGGACAGGAAACCUCUUGGGAAGGUGGUACCUUGCAAAAACCCUCCUCUGGCCCAUCCCCACCCAGGGCAUGGGCACAGUGACCACAUCCCUCUGUGGGAGAAGGACCUGCCCUUGCCUCCCAUCUCCAUCCUCUGCUUCUGUUUCCAGGGCAAAGCAUCUGCCAUGCCCCCGGAGCAGGCAGGUCCCUCCUUGCCUGAGCCAUUACCAAUCAUCUCCUCCUGUUUGCUGGAUCCUGUCCACUCCCCUAGCAGCUUGGAGGGAGGGGAAGAAUUUCUCCUCCUGACCUGGUUGAGAGGUGCCAAACCUCCCCCCCAACCCAGGGAGGUGUGGUGCUGUAGCUCUUCUCCUGGCAUUGGGUCCCCAGAGGCCAGAAUCCCACCCCACCUGCAGUGACCCCUCCUCCCUUUGCCCCACUGCAGUAUUAAUUACCCCUUCUAAUUGCACUCUGCAGGGGGGCCCUACAGUAUUGGCUGCUCUCUGGUGUUGGCUUCUCCUGGAUUUAUCCACAGCCUUACCAGCCCCUGAGGGUGGCUUCUACCAACUCCAAAGCAUCAAAACCCUGGCAGCAAACCCCAGCAGUAAGGAAAUAACCAAAGCAGCUCUGAAGUUGUUCCUCCUCUCUCUUUCAUUUCUCACCUCCCCACCACCACCAUGCACACAUCUCUUUGUUCUUCCUCCUCCAGAGCCUGUUCAACUGUGUGGAACUUAAAGCCAUGGAAUUAAAAACAAAACAAAACAAAACACCAUAUAUAUGUAUAUAGACAGAUCUCUCUAUAUUGCAGAUACACAAAGUUGUUUGUAUCCAGGCCAUAAACCUGGCUGU